CCGUCGCUUCCCCCGCACGUGCGUCCCUCGCGCGGCCCCGCCCCCCGGCGGCGCGUGCGGAAGCGCGCGGCGCGUCCCGGCGCGUCCCGGCGUGUCCCGGCGCCGCGGGAUGGACCCGCCGGCCAAGGAGGGGCCGCUGCUGGUGCAGCACAGCCACAAGUUCGGCACCAAGCGCUGGAAGCGGAGCUGGUUCGUGCUGUACCCCGCCAGCCAGCACGGCGUCGCCCGCCUCGAGUUCUUCGACUGCAAGGAGCCGCUGUCGCCGGAGCGGCUGGGCAGCCGGCGGCUGGCGCGGACCGUGGUGCGGCUGGCGGACUGCACCAGCGUGGGGCCCGUGCCCGACAGCGGCCCCCGCGCCGGCACCGCCGUGUUCCGCCUGGACGCCAGCGGCAAGAGCUACCUCUUCGCGGCCGAGAAGCAGCAGAGCGAGGAGUGGGUGGCGAAGCUGUGCGAGAUCGCCUUCCCGGGAAGCGGCUCCAGCAAUGCUGGCGUGGCGGCCCAGCGUGGCAGAGAGGGCAGCGGGGAGGCGCCGGCCCUGGAGAUGGCCGUGAACUCCAUCUACUGCUCCAGAGACGAAGUGAACGCCUUCUGGGUGACGGUGCAACGGACCGAGGCUGCGGAGCGGUGCGAGCUGCGCGGCGCCUACGUGCUCAAGGCUGAGCGUGACAGCCUCGUCCUGAAGGACCCGCGGACAAACGAGACCCUCUACGUCUGGCCCUACCGGCUGCUGCGGAGAUACGGCCGGGACAAGGUGAUGUUCUCCUUCGAAGCUGGCAGGCGCUGCGACUCCGGCCCGGGGAACUUCACCUUUGAGACCAAGCAGGGCAACGAGAUCUUCCACCUGGUGGAAGCCUCCAUCCGCCAGCAGAAGGCGCAGGCGGAGGAGAACCGGCAGAGCUGUGGCUCGCUGGACUCGGACGGCCCCGGCGUGGUGCUGCUCCGCCAGGCCCUGGCCGACUCCCUGAGCCUGGAGCUGCCCGCGCAGGGGGAUGACGCCCCGGCACCCAAAGCGGGGCUGGCGCCCAGGCCCGGCGCGGCGGCAGAGGAGAGAGACGCCGCGUGUCUGCUGAAGAGCCGGACUCUGCCGGAGCUCCCCGUGCCGCCGGCCAAGCCCGCGGUGCUGAGCAACCCCCCGCGCUCCCCGCUGCCCCGGGCGCCCUGCGCUGUGCUGCCGGCCGAGGACCCGUCCUGCGUGUACUCGGAGCCGCUGGACUCGGUGAAGGGCGCGCGGCCCCGCCCGGACCCGCUGUACUCGGACCCCGUGGACAGCAAACCCGCCAGUGGGGCCAAGGACGAGGCAAAGCUCCGGCCGCCGGCGCUGCCGUACUCGGCCGCGUACGAGCGGGCACAGGCCGAGGGGCCCGGCCCGGCCCCCCCGCACAGGGAGCACAUCUACGAUGAGCCCGAGGGCCGUGCCCCCCGCUCGCUGCCCCCCGCCGCCUGCAUCUAUGACGAGGCGCGGCCCGCGGGCGACGCCUGGCGCACCCAGGGCCAUGAUGGCCACGCCGGCUACGAAUACCCCUACAGCCCUGGCACUGACGACUACUCGGUACCCACCUUCCAGGCCAAGGCCAAGGGCCCCAAGCCGGUGCCUGCCCCCAAGCCCCCGGCAGCCUUGGUCCCUAAAGGUGCCGAGCGGAGCAGGGACGUUGGCCGGCGGCGGGGGAACGCUGCUCCGGAGAAGGGGGUUGUCAAACCUGGCCUCAACAGCAGCAACAACAACAACAACGUGCAGGGGCUGUACAGCCGGGUGGUGAAGCCCCAGAACAAGCAGAAGAAGGAGCAGUCUGUGGAUGAGUGCAGCUUGUCACCCGUCUAUGAGGACUUGGGAGAGAUUUAGCGUGCUGCUGCUCCAUACCUGCCCAGAGGGGCUGGGGUUGGGGCUGCUCGUGGCCGGCCGUGGCUGCUGGCCCCAGGUCCGGGGGGCUCGGGGCCGCGGCUGCUCCGGCUCGGGUCCCCGAGGGCUGUGUCUCCCGGAGGCCCGUCCGCAGCGAGAGCGGCACAGCCGUGGCCGGUGUGGGUACCGGCGUGGCCCCCGCUCUGGCGCUGGUUCUGCUGCCACCCCGACCAGCUGGCCCGGCUGCCCUGCUGCUGCUGCUCCGCUCGCUCUGACCAGCCUGCGGGGCCGGGGCGCCCAUUGUGGUGCCUGGGAGACUGCUCGCCAUCAGUUUCCAGAAGUAUUUUUAUACAAAAUUAUUUUAAUAUUAAAAUCUGUGUGUCUGAGAA